AUGACUACUCCUCCGUCGACACAGUGUGACAGUCCGCGCACUCCUCGGCAGCCGCGCGCAACUGUUUCAUGGCCCGAGUCGCAGCUCGGAUCUCCCACCCCCAGAGCCUCUUCAAAGACAGAAGCUGCUAGUGACUCGUCACAGCGUCCUCCUCCUAUACCAUUCUCUUUACCUGAUGUGACGCACCAGCCCGCAAAGCUAACGCGAAGAGAUUUCGACUAUGAAAGGCCGUUCACUGGUAGAACUAUCAUGGACUAUCUUUGCAUGAUAGGACCGGCGUCACCAAAAGUCUAUGUAGAAGGAGCACUGGAAUCCACGAAGAAGUUGAACAUUACGGAGAAGGCUCUUGCGGAGCAACAGCAGCUCAAAUACAUUGUAUUUGUUAAUGAGCUUGUGACACAGCUCGACACGUGUAGCAUGAAAAUGCUGCAGGAUAUGCCGCAGGACAAAACAUCGGACGAAAAUACAUUCAAUUUCAGCAGAAUUAACCCCUAUGUCAAAUGCCAAGAACUCUCCAAAGAGAUCUGGAGUGAGAAGGACUCUGCUAACUGGGGCAUCAGAAGGUUCCUUGAACCCGCACUUGCAUGCGUUCGUUGCAUACUCGCAAAGAAAGCAGGAGUCGCAUGGGCAACCUUUGAUCAAGAAUUCCCCUAUCCCUAUCUGUCCUCUGCACCCGAUGGGCCGGUUAUCCCUGAUAGAAUCUUGAUUGAAGAUAAAUUUAUUGUGACAGAGACGAAGCCGGCCAAGAGGACAAGGGUUUCGGAGGGGAAAAGCACGGUCACGAGUCGCAAGAACAAGCCACGUGUCGUACUGACAAUAGAAGUCAAGACCGUGGCAGCUUUGCAUGAAAUCGUUGAUGGAGAUGAUGAUGGGCAUGUCCUCAGCCAAUUGCAGGACAUGAAUACCAAUAUAAAGCCUCCGCGUGGGCUAGCAACCCGCUUCAUCUGGCCUGCAGAUAAGACCGAAGUGGACACACAGACCGGUCUCCUGUGCCAGAUAUGGACACAGAUGCUUGAAUACGAAAGUUGCAAACUCGCAGUGCUCGCCACUGAGGAUUAUGUAAUCUUCUUCGCUCGCGGGGAGGAUGCGAACACCAUGUAUAUGUCGCCAACCUACUAUGCAAAGGACUUCCCCUCCUUCCGUGCCUUCUCCUGGAUGUCAGCUGCUCUCGGGAUGGACCAAUUCAACAACAUUGAACUCCCUGCUCCUCUAACAGAAUGGGCAGAUGGCAGGUUGUCGAAUUACGAUGGAAAAUCACACGGGAUUUAUGAACCUACUCAGCACUCUGAUCCAAUUUUACGAGGCGGAGCACAGAGGACAAUCAAGAGCUUCAUCCCGGUCAUCAUCUAG